GUUCAUUUUGAUCCAAAAAUAACAAAUGAGAAGUAUACGCUUUAUGAAGUUGAAGGAACCAACUUGUUUGUUGUAACCAACUACUCGAAAGCCAACAAAAAUUGCACUUGUGAUACGCAAACAGAAUUGUGCAAGAUAUGGAAUUACGUUAAGUACAGUGGAAGCCCAUAUUUCACUUCAGUAGAUGAUUUUGAUCUUUGUGAAAACCGCCUACAAUAUUCUUCAAGAAAUAAGUAUCUUCCUUGUACUCCUCACGUGAAUGAUAACACUCGAAAGGUUCCGAGACACGAUGUUAUCAAAGAUUUACCCUUGUGUUUUGACCCUGGUUGUCAGAAGAAAAAAAAUAAAAGUACGUGUUCGAUAUUUCCAGCUUGUGAAUGGAGAGAAAAAGAGGCUUUUAGAAGAGAGAUGUGUGUUAGUUUUUUAGAUAAAGAUCCAGUUCUUGAAAAUGACGUGGCAUUCCUCUUGUAUUCUGUUUCUGCUUCUUUUUGUUUCGUUUUUGUGGCAGUAGUAUGUUUCUUGGUAGUUCAGAAAAGUUGCAGAAAGAAAGCAAUUUCCAAGCAAAGUACUCAUUCCACAUCAUCCUGCCAUGAAAAUCCUGCUUUUUCAGAGGAUUCUCGAGAUUCUUGUGAAGAUCUUUACUUGUAAGUUUUUC